AGAACAGAUGGUGAAUUCGAAGCCUCGAGACGGAUCAAGACGGAAUUCUUGGUUCAAUUUGAUGGUGUAAAAACUGCCAGUAUAGAAGAGGAUCGAAUAUUGGUUGUGGGAGCGACAAACAGACCACAAGAGAUUGAUGAAGCAGCACGACGUCGAUUCCGUAAAAGACUCUAUAUUCCUCUCCCAGAAGAGGACGGUAGAUACGGAAUCAUCAAGAAUUUGUUAAAGACACAAAAAUAUUCGCUGACAGACGAGGAAAUUCGUAAUAUUUGCAAAAGGACAGCAGGAUAUUCUGGUUCGGAUAUGGAUGGACUUUGUCGAGAAGCUGCUUUGGGACCGAUACGUGUUAUCGGAGAUAUUAGAAAUAUUGCAGCCGAUGACGUAAGAUCAAUUAAUUAUCAAGACUUUUUAGACGCACUAACUCAAGUACGUGCAAGCGUAAGCGAUCGAGACCUGGAAUUAUACCAAAGAUGGAACCAAGAGUAUGGAAGCUUAUCAUAA